GGGAAGCGCGUUCCCGAGCUGCCAAAGUCGAGCUUACUCACAGUCCCUCACAGGAAGUUGUAGAGCUUGGAAACGGGGCGAGGAGGAAAAACACCGCUGGGAUACCGUUUUAAAAGCGAUUUUCACUGUGAUUACCGGGCCGUGGGGUCGACGCGCCUCUCGGGGACUCGCUGAGGAGCUAAACGGGGGAGAGAUUAUGGACUAAAGCGGCGGAGGAGAGCAGCGAUGGAGGCGGUGAGAAGUUUUCGGUUGGUGUGGCUGCUGCUGGUCGGGGCCGCGGCGAGAGCAGCGGGGAGAGAAGUGUGUCUGGGGACGGAUAUGAAGCUGGCCUUGCCCUCCAGUCUGGAGAACCACUAUGAAAUGCUCCGACUCCUUUACACCGGCUGCCAGGUCGUCCACGGCAACCUGGAAAUCACACACUUACAAGGGACGCCGGACCUUUCCUUCCUGCAGGGUAUAGUGGAGGUUCAGGGCUAUGUGCUGAUUGCCCGCGUCUCCGUGUCUGUGAUACCCCUGAAGAACCUGCGCAUCAUCAGAGGCAGCCAGCUGUACAACUCCAGCUACGCGCUGGCUGUUCUGGAAAACACCGGCGUCAAGGAGCUCCAGCUCAGGAGCCUCACAGAGAUUUUGCUGGGUGGCGUAUAUAUUUCGGGGAACCCCCAGCUCUGUUACCCCGACCCGCAGAAGAUCAACUGGAAGGACGUUCUGGGUGAACAACAAACAGACGGCAAGUUAACACGCCUGCAGUCGGCAGCACCUUACUGUCGACCUUGUCCAGCAGCCUGUCGCUCCAGAGGAUGCUGGGGACAAACUGAGGACGACUGCCAAACACUGACCCACGUCCAGUGUACGUCUGGCUGUUCGCGCUGUAAGGGUUCUCAGGCCAGUGACUGCUGUCAUGUCCAGUGCGCCGCAGGAUGUUCCGGACCCAAAGACUCGGACUGUCUGGCUUGCCGUCACUUUAACGACAGUGGGACGUGUAAAGAAAACUGCCCCCCACCCAGCAUCUACGAUUCCAUGGUCUUUCAGUCCAAACCCAACCCCAACAAGAAGUUCAGCUUUGGAGCCACCUGUGUAAAACAGUGUCCACAUAACUAUCUGGCCAUGGAUGUGGCAUGCACGAUGGUCUGCCCCAAAGCAAACCAGGAAGUCAUCACCGUCCAACCGGAUGGACAGGAGACGCAGAAAUGUGAAAAGUGUGAAGGAGAGUGUCCUAAAGUGUGUUACGGUUUAGGCAUGGGGAAUCUACAGGGCGUGUCUGCGGUGAACUCCUCCAACAUCGGCUUCUUCGAAGGUUGCAAGAAGAUCUACGGCAGUCUGGCCUUCCUCCCCCAGUCCUUUAAAGACGACCCGCUGACCAAUUUGACAAGUCUGCAGGCCGCUGACCUUGAGGUGUUCAGGACGUUGGAGGAAAUCACAGGUUACCUGUACAUUGAGGCAUGGCCAGAAAACAGCCCAGACCUGGGUGUGUUUGAAAACCUGAAGGUGAUCCGAGGGCGGAUGCUGUACAAAGGUGUAUACUCUCUGGGCAUCCAGUCUCUGCAGAUUGAGUCUCUGGGCCUGCGUUCUCUGCGCAGUGUGAGUGGCGGGUUGGUGCUGGUCCACAAUAACUCGCGGCUGUGUUACACCUCCUCACUGCCCUGGUCCUCCCUGCUGUACCUCAGCCAAGAGCCCAACCUCAUCAGCAACAACAACCGAGACCCACAAGCCUGCGAGGCGGAUGGGCACGUCUGUGACCCUCUUUGCAAGAAUGGAUCCUGCUGGGGUCCCGGGCCGAGCCAGUGCGUGUCGUGCGUUUCCUAUCGGCGUGGCAAAGAGUGUGUGAAGGAGUGCAACAUCAGGAACGGUUUGAUCAGGGAGUUCAGUGAUGACCUCUCCUGCGUUCCCUGUCACCCUGAGUGCCGACCAGUCAAUGGCUCCGAGUCCUGCUCUGGCCCAGGUCCAGAUCAGUGUAUGGAGUGCCUGCACUUCCAGGACGGAGACGUGUGCGUGGAGCGUUGUCCCAGCGGCGUGAAGGAGGACCAGCACACUGUGUGGAAAUACAGCAAUGAGAGUGGACACUGCAUACCAUGUCCCAACAACUGCUCUGUGUCGUGUCCACUGGAUGAGAGAGGGUGUCCAAUUCACCAGAAAGCUGGACCUGGCACAACCAUAGCAGCCGUGAUGGGUGGCGUUGUCCUCUUCCUCAUCCUGCUCGCUCUACUGGUCUUCUACCUGCGUCGGCAGAAACACCUGAAGAAGAAGGAAACCAUGAGAAGGAUCCUGCAGGAGCACGAGUUGGUGGAGCCGCUGACUCCGAGUGGAGCUAUGCCAAACCAGGCUCAGAUGCGCAUCCUGAAGGAGACGGAGCUCAAGAAGCUCAGAGUGCUCGGCUCUGGAGCGUUCGGCACUGUCUAUAAGGGCAUCUGGGCUCCUGAUGGAGAAAACGUGAAGAUUCCAGUAGCCAUCAAGGUCUUGCGUGAGAACACGUCCCCCAAAGCCAACAAAGAGAUUCUGGAUGAGGCCUAUGUGAUGGCAGGAGUUGCUAGUCCGUACGUGUGCCGCUUGCUGGGUAUCUGCCUGACCUCCACGGUGCAGCUGGUCACUCAGCUGAUGCCGUAUGGCUGCCUGCUGGACUACGUCCGCGAGAACAAGGACCACAUCGGCUCCCAGUACCUGCUUAACUGGUGUGUGCAGAUCGCUAAGGGUAUGAGUUACCUUGAAGAUGUUAGACUGGUCCACAGAGAUCUUGCAGCCCGGAACGUUCUGGUGAAAAGCCCGAACCACGUGAAGAUCACAGAUUUUGGCCUGGCUCGAUUGCUGGACAUAGACGAGACAGAGUACCACGCAGACGGGGGGAAGGUUCCCAUUAAAUGGAUGGCGUUGGAGUCCAUCCUACACAGGAGGUUCACUCACCAGAGUGAUGUAUGGAGUUACGGAGUGACCGUGUGGGAGCUGAUGACCUUUGGCAUGAAGCCGUAUGACCUCAUCCCGGCGCGGGAUAUCCCGGAGCUGCUAGAGGGCGGAGAGAGGCUCCCUCAGCCCAUCAUCUGCACCAUAGAUGUCUACAUGAUCAUGGUCAAAUGUUGGAUGAUUGAUCCUGAGAGUCGACCCAAGUUUAAGGAGCUGGUAACUAACUUCAGCGGCAUGGCGCGAGAUCCAACACGCUACGUGGUCAUCCAGAACGAUGAUAAGAUGAGUCUUUCGAGUCCAGUGGACAGCCAGUUUUUCCGCACCCUGCUGGCAGAGGAGGGGGGAAACGUGAAAGAGCUUUUGGACGCUGAGGAGUAUCUGGUCCCCCAGCCAGGCUUUUUCAGCCCGCAGGCUGAGAGUUCAGCCAACGGGCCCAGCAGACACCACUCCCACAGGAGCACAGACCUGGGCCUGGAGGUGGACGGCCUGCCGAGUGGGCGGAGCAUGCACUCGUCAGUCAGCACUUUGGGGCGGAGCCAGUACCCCACGCUUCCUGUAGGGGCCACUGCUAACGGAAUGUGGGGAGGGUCCGGGUACCCCUCUCUGGUCCGUAGCAUCUCUCGUCACUCAGCUGGCGGCCACUCAGACUCAGUGUUUCUGGACGGUGGCGCAGAGGAGAGCGGCCCUCCCUCCAGCCCGGACCGCUACAGCAAAGACCCCACCUUCCCCACCGGCAUCGACGGAGACAUGGAGACGGACGGGCCAGUCGGAUACCUGUCUCACACACUACCGCGGAAAACACAUACUCAGCCAGAGUAUGUGAAUCAGGAGGUCCAGCCUGAGCGGCCCAGCACGCUGCCCCGUAAGGCAGGCGAGAGGCGCCUUCCUAACGGCCUCGGCGCCGGACGCAGCGUGGAGAACCCGGAGUACCUGGUGCCCAUGGUAAACACCUCACCUGCAUCACCGGCCUUCGACAAUCCAUAUUACCUGGACAUGGUGGCUAAAGCCAUGGCGGUGGGCGGAGCUUCAGCAAGCGGCGGUGCACCACAUCAUAGGCAGCUGAAUGGCUACGUCACCCCAACGGCGGAAAACCCCGAAUAUCUGGGGCUGGCGGAGACCUGGAGCGGCCAGAGAGAAUACACCUGAGGAGAAGGACAGCUCGAGUGUGUACAUUACUGUAUGAAUGAGUGCUUUUAAAUGAAUGUAUGAAUGAUUUGAGUGACAAGUAUUUGGUGCUUUACUGUUCAAGGGCACACUCUUGGUGAUGGAAGUUCCACCCUAACAGGGAAACCUCUCACAAUUUCCUCGAUUUCCUUCCAAAUCAUGCCCACAAUCCAAUGUAGCAUCCUUUUAUCGUGGACUUAAACAAUGAGGCAGCCUUUCAUUUGAACUCAGAUUUUGAUUUUUAACACUAAACCUUGGAGAAACUGCUUGAACUCUCCAAAAAAAUGGACGGAAACCGUCGGGAGGCAAGCCGAACAUGGUACGAGCGAACAGGAAUGUUUAAAGACGUUUCAGCCUUAACGAAACGAACAAGAAUGUAAAAAAAAACAAACAAAAAAAACAAACAAACGACACU